UGUGCUUGAGUUGCAGCGGAAAGGAAAUGUGUCAUCUGUGGUUUGGUUUUAAAAGUGGAAAGCUAGCUGUAUGUACCCUUUUUUUUGUUGCAGAUUUACUUUAAAUUUUGUAUUCUCCAAGUCUGUUCUACUUUAAAUAAGAAGAUAAAAGAAGAAGUGGCUUAUUAAAAUCACAUUAUCAAAUUCUGACCAACCAUUUUGUAAGAUUACCAAUAUGCUCCUGGACAUGGGACACACAGGACAUUACCUGCAUCUUGCCUUUCUGAUGACAACAGUUUUUUCUUUGUCUUCUGGAACAAAAGCAAACUAUAGACAUCUGUGGGCUAACAAUACUAUUGCCUGGGAUUCAGUUAUUAAAAACAACACACGCAGAUACCAAAAUGAAAACAUUAACACAAGCCUUGUAACUCCUGAAGUGGAUUACAAAGUUAAUUCUACAAACAUUCUUGAAAUAUCAACACCAUCUCACAUCGUAUCUUUAACUCCUAAAUCUGAACAGGAGCGCUAUACACCUUCUGUUGUCAGGAACAGUUCUCCAACAGCAGAAAGCAUUGAGCACACGAGCAAAAGUCACGGUGAAAUUUUUAAGAAGGAUGUCUGCGAGGAAAACAAAAACAACAUGGCUAUACUAAUUUGCUUAAUUAUAAUUGCAGUGCUCUUUCUUAUCUGUAUUCUUCUAUUUCUAUCAACCGUGGUUCUAGCAAACAAAGUCUCAUCUCUCAGACGAUCAAAACAAGCAGGCAAACGUCAGCCUAGAAGCAAUGGUGACUUUCUGGCAAGCAGUGGGCUAUGGCCUGCUGAAUCAGACACUUGGAAAAGAGCUAAACAGCUCACAGGGCCCAGUCUCAUGAUGCAAUCUACUGGAGUGCUCACAGUUACAAGGGAAAGAAAAGAUGAAGAAGGAACCGAAAAACUUUCUGAUUAACAGAUAUUUCAGGGAAGAAAAAAAAUGCAAAGUAGUAAUGAGAAAGGUUAUGAAUAUAAAAGGAAGUCAGUUUGGUAUUUAAUGCCAGACUGCCGUCAGAUGAUUUAGCAUCAAAAGGGAGAUGUAUGUCUGCUUACUUAAUUACUUAAUUGUGUAUUUCUGCUUAACGCUGAAUACUUUGAAAAAGAUACAACCAAGCAUUUGGGGAAGUUCUUAAAACUAAGUUGAGGAAACUACGUAAAAGAGAUAGCAAGGGUUAAACAUUCCCUAUUCAGCAAGAGUAGUUAGAUGGUCUCUGUCUGAAAGUAAUUGAACUUUGAAGGUCUUAGUAUGUCCUGAGAGACAAGCACAUGGUUCAAUAUCAAAUAGAAGUCAAACUCCUAACGUGUGAAGUUGAGCUGUAGAAUUUAACAGUACCUUCUUUGUUGGAUAUGGCAGAAUCCACACCAGCUCAUGUACCACUGAAGCUAACUUUAGGCUACAUGCAUUCAAUUAACAUGUGGCACACAUAAGAAAGUGCUUUUCUACUAUAAAUAUUAAAACUUAACUUUGUAUAAUAAAUUAAACUCAUUAGAUAAAUCUGUGACUAUAUAUAUAUGUGUAUAUAUACUAUAUAUAUAUAUAUAUAUGUGCAUUCAAUUUAUUAUCUUAAGAGUACACUGUGAAGAUCAAUAAGAUGCAAUACAACUAAAAUAGAGAUUUACAGCCAUACCAGAUUUUUCAUAAUUUUGGGCUUUUUAAAUGAUUUUAUUCUUUUGUGAAGUAGGGGUCUUAACAGGUUGCCUAGGGUAGACCUGAACUCAUGAUUUUCCUGUGUCAACUUCCUGAGUAACUAGGACCAACUACAAGAGUGAGCCAUUGCAGUUGCUCAUCUUUUGUAAACAUACUGCAUACUGGAGCAUUGAUAACAAGUAACUUAAGGCUGGUUAAUAUUUGGACUUCAAGGAUGCCAAGUGCCUUAAUUAAUGACCGAUUUUAUUCCUUAAUGUCCACUGUGACAUGAGCAAAAGUGAGGAAAGUGUGCGUCUGUGUAUGUGGUGUGUGAGCAUGUGCAUUUGUCUAUUUUUUCAAGUAUGGAAAACAGGAUCCUUCAAGGCAAUUCCCUAACCUUUUAAGAAACUGACUUCAAGUAAAAUAUGGAGUUACGUUCAAGUCAAGAUCUUCACUUAGAUAUAUUACAAAAAUUGGUUUGAAGCGGGGUGUGGUGGGCACACCUGUAAUCCCAGCACUUGGGAGGCUGAGACAGGACUGUUGAGGAUUUGAGGCCAGCC